AUGAAACAUAAUCAUCAUAUGAUUCCUCUUGAAAAGAGACAUUUGUUAAGGUCUCAAAGAAGUGUUUCUAAAGAAAAUUUGCAAUUCAUGUCUACAUUAAGGUGUAGUGGAGCUAAAAUUUCUGCAGCGUUGAGGGCAAUGAAGAAGGAUGUUGGUGGGUCUCCUAAUUUAGGAUUUACGGGAUCGGAUUCCUAUAACGCUUUAUCUGCUGAAAAACGAUCUUUACUUGAUGGUUGUGACAGUCAUCAAUUGAUCAAAUACUUUGCUAAAAGACAACUUGAUGAAGCUGAAUUUUACUAUGACUUUGAACAAGAUGAGGAUGGGUGUUUAGUUAACUUUUUUUGGCGUGAUGGUCGGAUGAAGAGAGAUUAUGAGUACUUUGGAGAUUUGCUGGUUUUUGAUACCACGUAUAGGACAAAUAAAUAUGGAAUGAUUUGUGCUCCGUUUAAUUUGUUGGUAUGA